GGACCUCCGAGGCUUCAGGCUCAUGCCAGCGCGUAUAUAAAAGACGCCUGCACGGGGGACACGAUCCCUACUGUAACUCCGACAGAACCGACCUGAGACCCACAAUGACAGCCGAUCUCGCCAAAAUCAACCAGAAGAUCCUCCCGCAGGGCCACUCCUUCACCGCCGUCACGCUCGCCGACGGCACGCAGGUGCAGACAGGCACCGUCGCCACCCUUCUCCACAACGUACGGCUGUAUGACGCCCUUCCUGCCGAUGCGACGGACGAGCGCAGGAAGCUGGAGGAGGAGAUGAGGGCCGCGGCACCCACGCUGGAUAGGAUCGGACUGUUUGACCUCUUUACGCCUGCUGAGUGGAUGGCCGGGUCCAGUGCGGCGCGCCGCUUGGUGGGUGGAUUUGCGAAGGAUUUGAGGGCAAAGGAGGGGAUGGCAGCAUAG